GGUUUGGGUUUGGGGGUGGGGGUGGGGUGGAUUGGCUUAAAAAGGCUGUUAGCUGGGCCAAGUUCUCUGCUACAGCUUCCAUUGGAGCCAUUCACCGGGCAAGGGGCAACGUGGGCAGCAGCAUGAGCGUGUUGGGUCCUUACCUGCCAGCAGCUGCUGCUGCAGCAGCAGGAGGUCCUGCUGCUGCUGCUGCUGCUGCUGCUGCUGCUGCUGCUGCUUCUGCUGCAGCAGAAGGGGGGGCCCUUUACGGGCUGGGUUUGAUUCACUGUGGGGCCCCAAACCCUCGCAUUCGGAGGUUUUUAAUUUCUUCUUUAAAGUCCAAUCCAAUUGAAAAAGAAGCCCUCAUAAACGGCGGCUGUUUGGCCCUGGGGCUUGUUUGCCUCGGAGACGCGGAAGACACGGAGGCUUACGAGUGUUUGCGUUCGCUGCUGUUUCUGGACGCGGCGGUUGCGGGCGAAGGUGCAGCACUAGGGUUGGGUUUGCUGCUGCUGGGGUCUGGAGCAGCAGCAGCAGCAGCAGCAGCAGCAGCAGCAAACGAGUUGCUGUCAUAUUCGAAGGAGACGCAGCACGAGAAGAUAGGCAGGGCUUGUUCCCUGGCCCUCGCGCUCAUUUUCUUCCAGUGCGAAGAAGCGGUCCGCAAACCCUAA